AUGGGAGCCGAGCUGUCUUCCCCUGGUCCCACCCUCGAGUCAGUUCUCGCGGGUGUUGGACCUGACAUGCGCGGAAAGCUGCCGCCGCAUUUGGAAUCCAUGAGCUCCAGAAACUUGAGGUUUCGUCACGUGGCGAUCUGGCGAGAUCCUUUCCUUGGCGGAACCAUCGAUCACCACACAGUUGUGUACGAGUACCUGGAUGGUAGACGGUUGAUGAGCCUGAAGCUAGACUGGGGCCGAGACGGCUUGCAUUUUCAUGACAGCCCCGAGGACCCAUGUCCCAACGGCGACGUCCUGGAAAGGAAGUGGUGCGCUCGCUUGACUCCAACCGAGGUCCAGGCUCACUGGGAUGAUGUCAAAGAGAGGAAUUACGAGCUUUCGCGCUGGAAUUGCCAACACUUCAGCAGGUACAUGUACGACAAAGCAGAUGAAGGCGCAGCGGACGUUGUAACAAGUUAA